AUGACACGUCGUUUCGUUUCUAUUGGCAGUUGGUGAUAGCAUUUAGUGUGCUUUGCUAGCUCUUGCUUCACCUCCUCCUACUGCUUCUUCUUACUACUGCCACUGUUCUUCUCUCGCUCACUCCUCAUCCCGUACACAUCCGGUAUUUUUUGCCGAAAUCCGGUUCUUUCUCGGAGUCUCCGCCAUAUUCCUUGCAUUCCUUCUCCCUGCUUUAUAAAUCGUACAGGUACUGCAGUUGGAGAGACACAAUGUUUGCCCAUUAAUCAACUGAUUGUUGGGUUGGGUUUCACAGAGUUUGGAGAAUUUAGGUUUUUUUUAUUUUUUUUUUCCUUGGGUUUAACUUAUGCUUUUUUUGUCGAAAUUGGGAGCGUGUUAUAUAUUUAAAGUGAAGCGAAGAUAUGUUGGUACCGGAGUUAUGCUCUUCUCGGGGCGUUCUCUCACCGUUCCGUGAAGAAAGCGGUGACGAAGAGCUCUCUGUUCUUCCCAGACAUACGAAAGUUAUAGUUACUGGAAACAACAGGACCAAGUCUGUUUUGGUGGGCUUGCAAGGCGUGGUAAAGAAGGCAGUUGGUCUCGGUGGUUGGCAUUGGCUGGUUCUGAAAAAUGGGGUUGAAGUUAAGCUGCAAAGGAAUGCUUUGAGUGUGCUGGAACAUCCCACCGGGAAUGAAGCGGAUGAUGAUCAUGAUUACUGUAGCAGUGGCUCAGAUGUUGCUGAAAGGGACCAUGAUUUCUCAAGUACUAUCGAGUUCCACAAAUUGAGUAAGCCAAGAGUUCGUCAAACUAGGCCAUGGGUUUCAUCUGCAUCUGCAAAGUUGGUGAAUCGUAGUACCUACAGAGAUGUUCAAUCUAUUAUUCACACAUCUCAACUGAGGGUGAACCUGGCCCGACUCGGAACAAAUUCAUUGCGAAGAUACUGCAGACACUACCGCCUUGUUAACAUCAAUUCUGAUUCAUCAAGGGAGCAACUGCUUAAUGCAGUGCAGCGGCACUUUGCAUCACAGCAACCAUUAUGCGACACACAGGUGAUCUCCAAAUUCAUCAAAGCAGUGAAGAGACGGAAAGCAAGUGACGACUGACACAUAUAUGGGAGUCAAAAAGUGAGAAGUAUGAAUGUCCAUUGCCUCUGUAUGAUAUUGACUCUAACCUUUAGAUCAGUUCUAAUUAUAUACCGAGGGCUGUUUAUCGACGAACCACAAUUCUUCCCAAGUGUAGUGUUCUGGUAUGAUGCUACAUGCUCUCUGAUCUUUGUUAACUUCCAGCAGUAUUAUUUCAAGAAUGCAUGGUUAAUCCUGUUAUCUUUUUCUCA